AUGGGAGCGGGGUGGUUGCUUUCCCAUUCUUGUUAUUUUCCUGGGGGGUGUGGUUCCUCUCCUCCCAUGGGUGGUGCUGGGAGCCAGGAGCUCAGUGGGCAGCACAGCCCCAGGAUCCGGGCAGGCGGCCUCAGCCUCUUGAGGAAGAAGCCACCGAAGUAUCUGAGGAAGGCACUGGGACCAAGAGUGGAAGAGUGUGUGCCCACAUCCGGGAUCACACAGGCUCCAGGUGUUUUCACUGUAGCCCUGGAUCCCUGCUCUGAGGCCGUCUCAUCUGCCCUGAUGAGACUUUGGGAAAAGGAGCGGGCAGGGGACUUCCCUGGCCAUCCAGUGGUUAAGACUUAG